AUGAGAGAGCUUUCUCGCAAAGACAUUGACGGACAUCAUCACACCCAGUCUCACUCGCUGGUUAUCUGCUGCGGCAACGUUACGGCCCCUCGACCAACAACAUCGACGGCUAUUCUCACCCCAGCCUCACUCCCCGGCUCGUCUUUGCAUCAACGUGCUGCCUCCUCCUCCAACAAAAUCAACGGACGUCAUCACCACGGCCUCGCCUCAAUGACUAAUUCUGCGCCAACGAUGUCAGACACAGACUUCAGAGACGAAAUUGCCGAGCUGCUUGCUCCCUCAGUCGAGGCCAGAACCGCAAAGGGCCUCAACGAGGAUUUUCCCGACGAUCCCAACUGGACCACGCAUCUUCCCUUGGAUCCCAACACCCUGGAGGCCAUCUGCCGCGUGAACCUUCCCAAUUUUCUGAUUGACCGCCACAGUGUGGCCAAGAGGUUUAAGAACCAUGGCUUUGAGCAGAGUGAUCUUGGAAUGUCGUUCACACUACGUCAAUACUAUCAAGGCAAUGAGGGAUGUGCUGGAGAACGAACUCGCUUGGGAUGUUUUGGCCCUACGGACCACAAGCUUGGAAACUACAUCCUCGAGCAGAGUGAUGGAUCGAUUCUUAUCUGGGUCAGAUACACCACGGUUUUCGAGUUGCAACCUCAGGAACAAGGCGACACCGACUGCAAAUUCGCAUGGAGAGACAUAGGACGUAUCGUUGCAGCGCUUGACAAAGCCAUGACGGAACACAAAAGAUCUGCAUCCGAGGUGCCGAAGUCGAGCAUUUUCCGGGCCAUUCUACCAGAACGCUUCAUUGUCGACAAAUUCCAGUUGGUGAAGUUCUUUUUCUCAGAGGGUGCUCAUUCCCAUAGAGAGGUCAAACUGGAAUCGUACAACGCGUCUCCGAUGGUGGACUUCAACGGUGUUCAACGCCCACAUGGGGUUAUCGACACCGAGUUCAGGGUCAUGUUCGACUCCAAAGGGAUGGCAAAGCUUGUGGUUCGAACUGCCCACAAAUCUUCGCUUUGGCCCAGCGAGCACGUGUAUGAGUUGGAAGCUUGA